AGGACGAAUUGAGCAGGAAGUGAGGGACAAAUCUAUCAAACAGAUGGGCUUGCAAUAGAACGAAUCCUCCCCCGAGGCAGGAUUCUUAUCACAGCUAUACCAGACAGUAUCGUUUUUCCCACAUAGCUAGAAGCUUAGUAGCUUCGCUAUGUCUCAGAAGACUAGCUCAAAUAAGUCUUCAUCGACCUUCCACUUCGUCGCCGGCCUCGGCUCCGGUACACUAGGCGCCGUGCUCUUACAGCCUUUCGAUUUACUCAAGACCCGCGUACAACAAUCCGGAACACACUCGAUCCGUGCGGCGAUACGAGAUAUCGCGAAUUCUCCCAAUGCCCUAGCUGGUUUCUGGCGGGGCACGAUCCCCUCAGCCCUGCGCACGGGUGUGGGGUCCGCCAUCUACUUCACGACGUUAAACGUAGUUCGCCAACAUGCCUCGACCUUAUCCUUCGCUACCACAACCUCCCCCGCGACUCCCAAUGCCUCAUCCUCGUCCCUCCCAAAACUAUCCAACACCGCGAACCUCAUAGCCGGCGCCGGCUCCCGUGCCUUCGCGGGGUUCAUCCUCAUGCCCCUCACCGUGAUAAAAGUACGUUACGAAUCAAACCUGUACUCCUAUAAAUCGAUCGCCGGCGCAGCCGCAGAUAUAUAUCGCACAGAGCGACUCCCAGGUUUCUUCGCCGGGUUCGGCGCUACGGCUAUGCGAGAUGCGCCGUAUGCGGGGUUAUACGUAUUAUCCUACGAGCAAUUCAAGAAGCGAUUAAGUUCAUGGCAGAGCACGGGUAUAGGAGCAGGAAUGGGCAUGGGAAGUUCGAUGUCUGCUACAAUUAAUUUUAGUUCCGGAGCUUUGGCCGGUGCUACGUGUUCAUUUAUAUCGAACCCGUUUGAUGCCGUGAAGACUAGGAUACAGUUACAACCCCGCGAUUAUAGGAAUAUGGUGCAGGCGUGUCGGAAGAUGGUUACGGAAGAGGGGGUUAGGUCGCUCUAUGACGGACUAGCCUUACGUAUGGCGCGGAAAGCGAUGAGUUCCGCAUUAGCAUGGAUGGUGUAUGAGGAGCUGGUUCGCAGGGCUGAGGCUACGCUGCGGCACCGGGGAAAUAAUACACAAGGACAUGUAUGACGUGUAUAUUCUUCCUGGAUACUUUUUCACCGACAAACCACUCGCAAGGCUAUAGAGCCUAACCUCCAGCCAAGUUAAAAUAAAGUAAAAUCCUCACUCAUAAAAUAAUAAAAUUCAUUCAAGACGUUUAUAU